UAAUGCAGUUAAAGAGGAGCACAAAAAAGCAUAUUUAGCCACUUUAGGUGGUCCUGUUGUGUAUUCUGAAUUAAAAUUACUAUACCCUAAUACCGAUUUGAAUACUAUUGCAUACAGGGAUAUGAUUUCAAAACUAAAGGCAAGAUUUGACAAAGUGGCGCCUGAUAUUAUUCAGCGUCUGAAUUUUAAUAACCGUAUGCAACAGAAGGACGAAUCGGUCGAGGAUUUUGUCCUUGCUGUAAAAUUGCAAGCUGAAUUUUGCACUUUUGGUGAUUAUAAAUCUAUAGCCAUCAGAGACCGGGUAAUUGCUGGUAUAAGGGACAAGGCCCUCCAGCAGCGGCUCCUUAAUGAGGAAAAUUUGACACUAGCAACAGCAGAAAAAAUCAUUGCCACUUGGGAGGUGGCAGGAGCGAACUCCAAAGGUUUGGCCGACAAUAAUGUUGGGGAAAGGAUUGCUACUAUAGCAUCUGAUAAUAAACUUGACGACAAGAGGCUCAGUAAAUUAGAGCAAUUACUUGCAACAAUGAGGUUGGCUAGGGCUGAAAAUGUAGAUCCUGGGGAGGGUCACAGUAGGGGACCGGUGAAGUCGAGGUUAGGCUAUAGACAGGAUACCCCACGAAGACAAGCGAGCUACAACGAACGGUCAGGACCAUACAACCCCAGGAUGCGAGGGGACUGGAGAGGCAACCGAGACAAGCAAAAAGGACAUUAUGCGGAUUUGAUUUGUGACUUUUGUGGAAUCAAAGGUCACAUUAAGCGCAAAUGCUUCAAGCUAAAGAACAUGAAAAGGGAUGCAGUGAACUUCGUGGACCAGCAGAAUCCGGAACCCAGUAAGGACGAUGGCUGGGAGGAGCUGUUCAAUAAGCUGAAAGCAGACGAUUCUGAGAGUGAGGAUGAUUGGGAUGCAGGUGCAAAUUGGAAACGGUCCCAUCAUGGCUCAUCGCGACCAGGUGCGAAGAUGUAACGUAGACGACCGAUGCAGGCCUAAUGCAGUCGUCAUCCUGAGGCGCUGCGAUGAAGAGGGAGCCGUGACGAACGAAUUGCACAAUAGCAGAGAAAUGGCAAGGGCCAAUGUGCAGCCAGCGAAUGCGGAUGCUCGAAUUAGGCGGAAGAGAAAACAUGAAGAUUCGGUGAAUGAGCAACAGGUUAUGCUUAGAAGAUCGGACAGAUCAAAAAAACCUAAGAGAGAUGAGAUGUAUGUUUACGAUUAAUCAUAUUCGUUAGUUCGUUUUUUGUUAUCAUGGAUUAUUUUUCUUUUCGAAUAUCAGAUUUUUAUAAAGUGAAUUAGAAAAAAGUGAACUUAACUCUAGAUUUAACUGUCGGCAACAGCCGGAGUAAUAACAUCCGAAGGGAUGAGAAGUUGUAGUAUAUACCCAUUUUAGAACUUUAAGAUUUAGAGUGUACCAUCAAAUGACAGCAAUGUCUAGCAACACACUUGUGUACUCACCAGGUACCUUAACACACCCAUACUUGUGAACGAGAUAAAAGCAGAGACAAAAUAGAUUUGCCAGUUCAUUCUUGUGCUAACUGUGA